UUCAUCGCACAGGGGGAAUCUUUUCGGCGUUGCCACAGUUUCCGGUCGGCUGUGCGUCAUUUCCUGUAGUUCCUGUUAAAGGCGGCCUGGCGGGAUCUCCGUGGGUCAGAAUUUUUUAAUCCGGUGUGAAUCAGAGCCAUCGGAAUCGCAAACAUGACGGUGGGGAAGAGCUCAAAGAUGCUGCAGCACAUUGACUUCAGGAUGAGGUGCAUCCUGCAGGAUGGGCGGAUCUUCAUCGGCACCUUCAAGGCCUUCGACAAACACAUGAACCUCAUCCUGUGUGACUGCGACGAGUUCAGGAAGAUCAAGCCAAAGAACUCGAAGCAGCCGGAGCGUGAGGAGAAACGUGUUCUGGGUCUGGUGCUGCUGAGGGGGGAGAACCUGGUCUCCAUGACGGUGGAGGGCCCGCCCCCUAAGGACACGGGGAUCGCUCGUGUCCCAUUGGCAGGCGUGGCCGGAGGGCCAGGCGUGGGGCGGGCAGCAGGUCGCGGCGUUCCCGCUGGCGCUCCGAUGCCUCAGGCACCAGCUGGCCUUGCGGGGCCGGUCAGAGGUGUGGGCGGACCAUCGCAGCAGGUGAUGACGCCGCAGGGUCGAGGGACGGUUGCCGCCGCAGCAGCAGGCGCCAGCAUCGCUGGGGCGCCGACCCAGUACCCACCUGGGCGAGGGGCCCCGCCCCCCAUGGGCAGAGGAGCCCCGCCUCCAGGUAUGAUGGGACCGCCCCCUGGCAUGCGACCACCAAUGGGUCCUCCAAUGGGCAUGCCACCUGGUCCGGGUCGCGGCGCUCCAAUGGGUAUGCCCCCCCCAGGCAUGAGGCCUCCUCCGCCGGGCAUGAGAGGACCACCUCCUCCUGGGAUGAGACCUCCCCCACGGCCCUGAAGAGGCUCCACCCCUUCACACUCACCUGUUGUAUAGAUUUUUUUUUUUUUAAACUUCUGGUUUGUGUUUUUUAAAUAAAGUUUUUCAGUGUGAC